UUGACUUGGGAUUGUUGUCCCAUACAUAUGAAUAAAAUCACAAAACACUAAUCUGAGUCUUGAAAAGUUAAUCUAAAGAUCAAUAGAGUUGCAACAUAUAAAUAUAUACUACUAUACUAUAAAGUUUGUUUUACAGAAAUAAUAAAUUAAACAUUUGUAUAAAAUUUGGCGCUUAAAUCAAAUGUUUAAUGAGCUUAAAAGCCCAUCGCCGACUCUAGCUAGCAUGGUACUACCACUCUAUCAUUGCCAAAGUUGAUUAUUCCACAAUAUUUCGAUGCAUGUUGAUCUUCUCUUGUAUCAUUUAUUCCAUAAGAAGAAAACACUUUGUGCUUAUUAUUGCUGAAUGUAUUAUUACGUACACGAAUACGAUAAAUAAGUGCUAUCUGAGUUUAUAAUUUCAUGGAGAGUACACAUGUUGUAUAUGAGUGGCCUAGCUAGAUGCAGUGGCUAGAUGGAUAUGGUAAGGAUAGACUACACAAUGGAAGGAAGAGGAAGAAUAGUGAACUGAAGAUAUAAAAGGAAGGAGUCAGUCAAAGAGAUAUUAGUCUCACGUUGACAUUGCCACGAAAUACUCAUUGGGCCAUCAAGAAAAACAAGCCCAGUUUCAAUGUGGGUUGCUUUGCUCUCCGUUCAAAAAGACCUUUAGUAAAUUAUCGUAACAACGACACCGUUUCGAGACCUCCCUAGUUCUGACCAAAAUAACGGGGAUGCAAAGAGAAAAGAACCAAAGACUCGAAACUAACUCGAGCUCUGCUCUUUUGUCUUUCCCUUUCCUAUUCUAAUUUUGGAUGCUGAGGAUUGUACGAUGGAGGAAGGUGAAUUGAAGCGCGUAUGGUCAUCUACCGAUGCUGAGGAUGAUGAUACGUACCACAAGCGUCCCAAACUUGAGUGCCCAGCGUCUGCUUCUUCUGAUUCGUCGUCCAUGGAGGAGAGAACCGUUGCAUCUUCUUCUCGGACACAUACUACUGAUAUGUUCUGCCAGAAUUUCAUCUUGAAUCAUGGUCGGAAAGAUGAUGAUUCUCAAGUUCAUUUUGAUUUGACUGCUGACCUCUUACAUGUGGUACACACACACUCACUCUUGCAUUCUUUCUUUCUUUUUAGUUUUUUUUUGUAAUUUCUUUUUUCUUUUUUUACUUUCAGGUGUUCUCGUUCUUGAAACACGUCGACCUCUGUCGCUCUGCUAUGGUAUGUCGUCAGUGGAGAGUUGCCAGUGCUCAUGAGGAUUUUUGGAGGGUCUUGGAAUUUUAAAAUAUGAGUAUUUCUAUCGACCAAUUUGAAAACAUGUGUCAUCGCUAUCCCAAUGCCACUAGCGUGAAUGUUUAUGGCGUUCCUGCUGUUAACGCCCUGGCUAUGAAAGCAGCUACCACUUUGAGGAAUCUGGAGACCUUAACUAUUGGAAACGGUCAUAUCAGUGAAAACUUUUUCCAGAUAUUGGGGGAGUGUAACAGCUUGAGGAGUGUGACCAUAAGUGACGCUGUUUUGGGAAGUGGUGGUCCUCAGGAAAUACACCUGAGUCAUGAUCGCCUACAUAAACUUAAAAUUAGACAAUGCAGCGCUCUGCGUUUGUCUAUCAGGUGUCCGCAGCUCCGGUCUUUAUCAUUAAAAAGAAGCAACAUGGUACUGGCGAUGCUUCACUGUCCACUCCUCCAACAUCUUGACAUAGCCUCGUGCCAUAAGCUCCAAGAUGCUGAUAUCCGUUCAGCUGUCACUUCGUGUCCUCAACUAGAGUCGCUCGAUGUUUCUAACUCUUCCCGUCUCAGUAAUGAAACUUUGCGUGAAAUAGCCCAGGCUUGUGCUGCUCUCCAUAUUCUUAAUGCUUCAUACUGCUCCAAUAUAUCUUUUGAGUCAGUACAUCUCCCCAUGUUGACGGUUCUCAAGCUUCGUAGCUGUGAGCGUAUAACAUCCGCGUCUAUGACUUGGAUUGCUAACAGUCCUGCGCUGGAGGUUUUGGAGCUUGAUAAUUGCAACAUGUUGACAUCUCUCGCGUUGCAUCUCUCCUGCUUGCAAAGUUUAAUCCUACUAAAUUGCCGCAAAUUCGUAGAGCUGAACUUGCAAAGCACCAUGCUUUCAUCAAUCACUAUUGCAAACUGUCCAGCUCUUCGCCGAGUCACAAUCACUUCCAACGCCCUACGAAGGUUAGGUCUCAAGAAACAGGAGAAUUUGACAACAUUAGUUCUGAACUGCCAGUCCUUGCAAGAAGUGGAUCUCUCUGGUUGUAAAUCACUGUCCAACACUGUAUGUGAAUCAUUUAGUGAUGUUGGUGGAUGCCCAUUGCUGAAGUCAUUGAUUCUUGACAACUGUGAGAGCUUAACAGAAGUGAGAUUCUGCAACUCAUCGUUAUCUAGUCUGUCCCUUGUUGGCUGUCGUGCUGUUACUUCUCUUGCGUUGAAGUGCCCUCGCAUAGAGGAGAUCUGUUUGGACGGAUGUGAUAAUCUUGAAACUGCAUUCUUCAAGCCUGUUGCGCUCCGGUCUCUAAAUCUAGAAAUAUGCCCAAAACUGAGUGUGCUCAGCAUAGAAGCGCCUUACAUGGUGUCCCUUGACUUGAAAUGUUUCGGUGGACUGUCUGAAGCAUCCAUCAUUUGUCCUUUAUUAACAUCCUUAGAUGCGUCUUUCUGCGGUCAACUGAGGGAUGACUGUCUGCCUGCAAUCACUGCUUCUUGUCCACUAAUCGAGUCACUGGUGCUAAUGUCGUGCUCUUCUAUUGGCUCUGUUGGCUUUUCUUCCUUGAAAGGCCUCCAAAAUUUGUCUGUUCUUGAUUUGUCGUAUACUUGCUUGAUGAAUCUGGAGCCCAUCUUCAAGUCAUGUAUUCAACUGAAGGUACUCAAACUACAGGCCUGCAAAGAUCUUACUGACUCAUCAUUGGAGCCUCUAUACAAAGAAGGUGCAUUACCCGCACUUGAAGAGUUGGACCUGUCUUAUGGAACUCUCUGUCGGACUGUGAUAGCUGAUCUACUUGCCUGCUGCACACACUUGACCCAUUUGAGCUUGAACGGCUGUGUUAACAUGCAUGACCUUGAACAUGAUUGGGGUUCUGGUGAGAGUAAUCAAGAACCAGCUGAAACAAGUACCAACCGGUUGCUACAAAACCUCAGCUGUGUGGGAUGCCCCAAUAUCAGAAAAGUAUUGAUACCGCCUGCAGCUCGGUUUAAUCAUUUAUCAUCACUGAACCUUUCGCUAUGUGUCAAUUUAAAGGAGGUUGAUCUCGCUUGUUCCAACCUCGUCUUACUUAAUCUAAGCAACUGUUGCUCUCUGGAAGUACUGAAGCUUGGCUGUCCAAGAUUGUCUACUCUCUUUCUUCAGUCUUGUAAAAUGGAUGAAGCAGAAGUUGAAGCAGCUAUAUCAGGAUGCGGCUCAUUAGAGACACUGGAUCUCCGUUUAUGUUCAAAGAUAUCCUCGGUGAGCAUGGUGAGGCUCCAAACAGUGUGCCCUAGUUUGAAGCGCGUCUUUAGCAGUCCUAAUCUUUUGCAAGACCAGGGUUUUGCAUCGAAUGUUUUCUUAUAUACAACUCUCUCUAAAUUAUACUAAAUGCUAUAUGAUGUGUUGUGUGUGUGGUGUUUGAGAUGUAACUAAUGGGUCCAAGUCUCGAGUUUCAGUAGUGCUUAUAGGCCUUGUAUUGUGGCUUUUCUUAGGCUGCUUUUGUGAUGACACAAACUUUUGUGUGUUUUUGCUUGAUUAGGCCAUUUUCAAUCCAACGGUAAGACUUUAUUUUAUGUAAUUUUUAUACAAGAGUUUGUCUAAUCCAACGCUAAAGGAUUCAUUA